CUACAUAGUUGAAAGUGGACGAUGUCAGUUGUACCAACAUUCACCAUGAAGCUGCUUGGACUUUUGCUGGUUUUCGGCCUUGGGGUCGCCAGCGCAGAAAAAAUUGUAUGCUACUUCGGGUCCUGGUCCGUGUGGAGGCCUGGCGAUGGCAAAUUCGACGUUGAGGACAUCGACCCCUUCCUCUGCACUCACCUCAUCUUCGGCUUCGCGGGCCUGAGCAACCACACCUGGGAAAUUGAGGUCUUGGACGUCUGGAAUGAAUUGUGUCCCGAAGACGGAGGGAACAACUGUGCUUAUGACAGGUUUGUCGCCCUGAAGGAAAAGAACCCACAGCUGGUGACCCUCUUGGCUGUCGGCGGCUGGAACGAGGGAUCCGAGGAUUACUCUGUGAUGGCCGGCGAUCCCGCAAAGAGGAAGACCUUUGUGGACAGCAGCGUCAACCUCGUGAGGAAGCACAAGUUCGACGGACUGGACAUGGACUGGGAGUACCCGGCUGCACGAGGAGGUGUUCCUGAAGACAAGGAUAACUUCAUCAUCCUGCUGCAGGAACUUCGCAACGCUUUCGAUCGGUUCAGCCCUCCCCUCAUGCUGACGGGCGCGGUGGCAGCUGGCAAGCCCACAGUCGACGCCGCCUACCACGUGCAACAGAUGGGGGAGCUUUUCGACCAAGUGCACCUCAUGUCCUACGACUUCCACGGCGCCUGGGAGAACACCACCCACCACAACGCCCCUCUCUGCGGCCUUCCCACGGACGUCGACGACAUGGCGUACUUCAACGUGGUGUUCGGCGUCAACUACUACCUCUCCCUCGGCGUCCCCAAGGAGAAGCUGGUGAUGGGCAUCCCCGAGUACGGCCGCUGCUACACCCUGGACGACAUCAACAGCAACGGACUGCUCGCCCCCGCCUCGAAACCUGGUCCGGCCGGCCCUUACAUCCGGAUUCCAGGAACCCUCGGCUUCAAUGAGAUCUGCGAGCGAAUCCGACAGGACCAGACGUGCACUGUCACGAAGGAUCCACGGAUGUACGAACCCUACUUCUACUGCUCAAGUGACAACAUCUGGUGCGGGUUCGAUGAUGCCGAUUCUGUUACACUUAAGGCUCGAUUCGCCAAGAACAUGGGUCUCUCGGGCGUCUUGGUGUGGACGGUUGACACGGACGACUUCCAUCCACGGUGCUACAACGAGGACUUCCACCUGCUCCGCUCCAUGAAGAGGGCCUUGGAUGCACCUGCCGACGAAGACACUGCUGAACCCACUCCUAGCACUGCUGAACCCACUCCCAGCACUGCUGCACCCACCCCCAGUACUGCUGAACCCACUUCCAGCACUGCUGCACCCACUCCCAGUACUGCUGAACCCACUCCCAGCACCGCUGCUCCCACUCCCAGCACCGCUGAACCCACUCCCAGUACUGCCGAACCCACUCCGAGCACAGCUGCACCUACUCCUAGCACAGCUGCACCCACUCCUAGCACCCAGUCACCAAGUUCUGUCACUCCUAACCCAGGUCACCCCAGGCCUGACUGCACCCAGCACAUUGACGGCUCAGUUUUCCCUCACGAUGAUUGUAACAAGUACUGGCUGUGCACAAAUGGCCAAGCUAUUUUAGAAAUGUGCAGCCCUGGUACUCUGUUCGACGAGGACCUCAUGAUCUGCAACUGGGAGAACAGCGUUGACACCUCCAACUGCAACAAUUGGAUCUGCGAAGUCGACAACACUUACUACCCUCACGCUGACUGCGACAAGUAUUACUGGUGCCACAACGGAUCACCCCAUGUGGAACAGUGCGCGGACGGUUUGUUCUGGAACCAGUACCUUACACAGUGUGAUUUCCCGAGCCAUGUGGACACUUCAAACUGCAACAUAGUCUAAUUUGUUGAUCUUUUUAAACGCAAGUAAAAGUCCUUAGAAGAUGGUUCAGGCAAUGGGGCAUCCAUCCUUGAAAGAAUGAUACACAUCUGUAAAUGGU